AUGGCCACUUCACUCAACGCUAGCCUUCAAGCAACCCUUACUUCUCUCGGGGAAAACAUCCCUGAGCCUGCUUUUAAAAUCAUCUCUGAAGCAAAGGCCAACGUCGAGAAAGAAUUCGACGUCAAGUCUACAAUCCAGCCUGGCCAAAAACUCCCCGAAUUUACCCUCCAAAAUGCCAGUGGAGUGUCCGUUAACAGUGCCGACCUCCUGGCUAAGGGACCGCUUCUCAUUGUUUUCUACCGCGGCGGCUGGUGCCCCUUUUGCAACCUCACACUGAGGGCUUAUCAGCAGCGCCUGGAAGAUUUCAAGGCAAAGGGUGUUACCCUCGUGGCCAUUACGCCGGAACAGCCUGAUUCUUCGCUUUCCACUGCGGAAAAGAAUGAACUUCAAUUCCCCGUGCUGACUGACGAUGGCCUCCAGCUUGCUCGCAAGUUGAACAUUACCUGGGAGCAGCCACAAGAUUUGGUGGAUCUUUCGACUGGCAUGGGAUCUGAUCUUCACAAGCGUCACGGCAAUGAUUCGAACGCCAUGGUAGUUCCGACUACGCUGCUGGUUGACCAGAAGGGCGCUGUUAAGAACAUUUAUGCGGAAGCGGAUUGGACAAAGAGACUGGAGCCUCAGGAGGCAGUGAACUGGGUGAAUGCACUAUAA